AUGCCCCAAGUUACAGCACCCUGCCCCAAGUUACAGCACCCUGUCCCACGUUACAGCACCCUGCCACCAAGUUACAGGACCCUGCCCCAAAGUACAGCCCCCUGGUACCAAGUUACAGCACCCUGCCCCAAGUUACAGCACCCUGCCUCAAGUUACAGCACCCUGCCUCAAGUUACAACACCCUGCCCCACGUUACAGCACCCUGCCACCAAGUUACAGCACCCUGCCCCAAGUUACAGCACCCUGCCUCAAGUUACAGCACCCUGCCUCAAGUUACAACACCCUGCCCCACGUUACAGCACCCUGCCACCAAGUUACAGCACCCUGCCCCAAGUUACAGCACCCUGCCUCAAGUUACAACACCCUGCCCCACGUUACAGCACCCUGCCACCAAGUUACAGCACCCUGCCCCAAGUUACAGCACCCUGCCCCAAGUUACAGCACCCUGCCCCAAGUUACAGCACUGUGCAUGUGUGCUUUGGCAGAACGGUGCUAGUCUUGAAAACAAUCCCUUGA